GUAUAUUUGGGUUUUACCUACUUUUAUGAAUAAAAUACUUUGAUUACCAAUAAAAAAAAAAAAAAAAAAAAAAAAAAAAAAAACCAAAUCCCACAGUGCCUGCAAGGGAGAAGUUCUUGCACUUUAUAAUGAUUCUAAGGGGCUCCAAUUAUAACCUUGUCUAGUUUUUUCAAGUGUAGGCCCAAAUGUGGUUCAGACUGUCCUUGGAUCAUUAAAAAUGUAUCAAACACAAUCCCAACCAGAAGUGUGGAAUUUUAGUUAUGCAACCUACAACGGAAUGGCCUAAGGAGGAGAUAAGAUAAAAAGGGGGAGUUAUAUCUCGAAGUGAAUAUAAGCUGGUGGUUUAGGAUCCAACAUUGCCUGUGAGGGAGAAGUUCUUAUGGUAUAUAAUGUUUCCAAGGGGCUCCAAUUGUAAUCUUAACUGGUCCAUAGAGUAUAAGCCUAUAUGUGGCUUGAGCAUAUCUUGAGCCGUUAUAGUAAGUUAAUUUGGAGAAGGUUAGAACUGAAAAAUCUAAAGAAACCAUCUUAGUGCCGAUAUUUAGCACAUAAGUAGUAGGAAAUUAGUCCAGACUAUCUUUUACUCCAUUUAUAUGUUUUCAUUUCGAGUCAUUGAGCUACUUAGUCAGAAGAACUUUCAUUGUACUUUGAUCAUUACUAAAUGAACUAAGUAACAAAAGUUAAAAUUUGGAAAAGAAAAUGCAUGCUUACCCAGAUCCUAUGUUUUCUUGGAGAGGCCUUGGUCUCAAACUCGGUCACUGAUACAGAACAAUUUUAAUCAAGUAAAGAAAAAAAAUGUUUAGUAUUUACACUGAGUUGGAUUUCUUUUCCAAUGCUACUACCUAAAAAAAAAAAAGAACUGAUUAAAUUCUGUGCAUGCUGGAUUGUGGAAAUGGCUGGAGUUGCUCAGCCUUUGAACUGUUUGCAACAAGUGCUACUCUGAAAACCCAUUAAACGUCAAUCCAGGAAUCUGCUUUGUGGCUGCUGCUAUAAUGUCAAUAUUGCCAAAAUUACGGUGUAUCACCGUGGAUGUUACUGGUACUUUGAUAGCUUACAAAGGGGAACUUGGUGACUACUAUUGCAUGGCAGCCAAAUCUGUUGGGCUGCCAUGCCCUGACUACAAACGUGUGCAUGAGGGCUUCAAACUUGCCUAUAAAGACAUGGCCAAAAAGCAUCCUUGUUUUGGGUAUGCCACGAAAAUGCCCAACAUAGUGUGGUGGAGGACGUGUGUGAGAGACUCCUUUGUCAGGGCUGGAUAUGACUAUGACGAGGAUACAUUUGAGAAGGUGUUCAGACGCAUAUAUGCAUCUUUUGGUUCAUCUGCUCCUUAUACUCUCUUUCCAGACUCCCAACCAUUUCUAAGAUGGGUGCGUGAGCAGGGGAUUAAAGUUGGGAUUGUUAGUAAUUCAGAUUAUCGGUAUCGAGAUGUGAUUCUUCCAGCCAUGAAUAUCAACCAGGGAUCUGAAUGGGACUUUGGAGUGUUUUCUGGUCUCGAAGGUGUAGAGAAACCUGACCCAAGGAUUUACGAAAUUGUGCUGAAGAGAGCUGGAAAUAUUGCACCGGAAGAAGUUCUGCAUAUUGGGGACAGCAUGCGCAAAGACUAUGUGCCAGCAAAGACUCUGGGGAUGCAUGCAUUACUAUUGGAUAGAUUCAAGACGCCUGAUGCUGAGGAUUGGAGAAAAUCUGGUGCCAUUGUGCUUCCUGAAUUAAUGGCAACAAAAGAUUGGCUUACUUCAGGAAAGUCAACCUGCUGAGUGGCUUUCUUCUUUCUCCUUCAUGAGUUACGUGGAUGAUUCUUCCCCAUUCAUGUCGUUAAGACUCCAAUGACUUAUAUUAACCAGCU